ACUUCCUUCGCACUCUCCCAUUCAUCUCCCCAUAUAAACCCAUCACACCCUCCUCACUCUCUCACUCACAAACCGUUCAACAAAAAUCAAAAGAUUCUCUCCGAGUGUUUUAGCCGCUAACUACUACAGAUCCGAAGAAGCGAACACAUGGCUCUUGAAGCUCUCAACUCUCCGACCGCAGCCGCCCCUUCAUUCCACUUCGACGACGCCAACCUCCACUGCCUAGACACAUGGACCAAGCGCAAGCGUUCAAAGCGUCAGCGUUUUGAAAGCGCUCCCACCGAGGAAGAGUACCUCGCUCUCUGCCUCAUCAUGCUCGCUCGUGGCGGCGGAUCAACCACCGCCACCGCUACCUCACAGCGCUACAACUCUCCUAUUCGGAAUUUGGCACCCGAGGUAGCGGCAGGUACACCCGCCAAGCUCGUCUACAAGUGCUCUGUUUGCGACAAGUGUUUCUCCUCUUACCAGGCGCUCGGUGGGCACAAGGCCAGCCACCGAAAGCUCGCCGCCGCAGCCGCCGGCGACGACCAGUCCGCCUCCUCCACCACCUCCACCACCGUCACGGCCUCCCACAGCGGCAGCGGUAAGGUCCACGAGUGCUCCAUCUGCCACAAGUCCUUCCCUACCGGACAGGCCUUGGGUGGACACAAGCGUUGUCACUACGAAGGUGGCAGCGGCGGCGUGAGCAGCGUCGUAACAACCUCAGAAGGUGUAGGCUCCACCCACACCUACAGCCACAGCCACAACAACAACCACCUUCACUUCGACCUGAACCUCCCUGCCUUGCCGGAGUUCCCGCCUAAAAUCUUCACCUCCGGGGAAGACGAAGUCGAGAGCCCCCAUCCAGCGAAGAAGCCCCGCCUCUUGAUGCCACCGAAGAUCGAAAUCUCUUAAGAUUAGCAAAAUUUAGGACUUCCAGAGAUUUUUUCAAUUAGAUGACUAUCAGUUUGUUCGUUUGUUUGUUUGUUUUUUUUUUUUUUUUUGAUUUCGUAGUAUUGGGUGAGAGAAUUUUUUCCUGUAUAUACUACUAGAAAUAUCUCUGAUUGCUCAGCUCAGUUUGUGAUAGUGGUGAUUCAAUUAAUUUUUUUUUUUCCCCUCAUUUUGGAAUUAAAUCAAUAUUAAUUCUCCUGCUCAA